AUGCUGAGCUCGGGGUCAGCGCGGAGGCAGAAGCAGCGCAAAGUGCUGUUGAUGGGCAAGUCGGGCGCAGGCAAGUCGUCUAUGCGCUCGAUUGUCUUCAGCAACUACGUGGCCAAGGAUGUCCGGCGAUUGGGAGCGACCAUCGAUGUCGAGCACAGUAAUAUUCGCUUCAUGGGCAAUCUCAUGCUCAACCUAUGGGAUUGUGGAGGACAGGAUGGCUUUACGGAGUCGUAUCUCACCAACCAACGCUCAAGCGUCUUCGCAUCCGUCGCCGUCUUGAUCUUCGUCUUUGAUGUUGAAUCGCGCGAGUUCAAUGCCGACCUCAUCAACUAUGCCUCGAUUGUCCAAGCCCUCCGCGAGAACUCGCCGCAAGCAAAGAUCUUUGUGCUGAUCCACAAGAUGGAUCUGAUCAUGUCCAACAUGCGCGAUGUUGUCUUCGCCGAGAGAAGCGACGCAAUCCGCCAGAUCAGCAUAGAACAUGGUUUCGGCCGUGACCAACAAGAUGCUGGGAAAGACGUCGACUUUUGGGGCACGAGUAUCUGGGACCAGAGCUUGUACAAGGCGUGGACACAAGUCAUCUACUACCUCGUGCCCAACGCCGGCGCAAUCGAGAACCUGCUGCGCCAACUCGCUGAGGUCAUCGAUGCUCACGAGUUGAUCCUCUACGAACGCACAACCUGCCUCAUGGUCACCCACGUAUCACGCCCUUACGAAGCAGACGGCAACCCACAUCCCGACCGCUUCGAACGCCUCUCCUCCAUCCUGAAAUCCCACAAGCAUUCAGUCGCCAAACACACAGGCAUGCCCGCCGGAUCAGCCAACUUUGCCGAGCUACAGAUCAAGACUGGUGAAUUUAUGUUCUUGAUCACUCGUCUUAGUGAGAAUACAAACUUGGCUGUUGUCAUGGGCAGCGGCGAGGCCAUGUACAAUGCUGCGAGAAUCAACAUCACCAACGCACGCGACAAGUUCGCCGAACUGGACAUCGCCAGCAAAAGUCGCGAAAAGGCCGAGACCAGAGCCUAA